CAGCAGAAAAAGGAGAGAUGGCAAAAGAAGUAGCUUUGGAUAUAAAUGGAGAAAAUGUUAAGGAAAUGAGGGAGACUUAUGUAAAGGCCUUGGGAAAUGAGUGGGAAAGCAUUAAAACACUAUAUCAGACCAAACGUUUUGCUUUAUCCUAUCACCUCAAUCCUUCCGAAGAUGCUGUUUUCCAUAUUGCAGCAUACAAGGGCAGCGUCGAUCUGCUCCGAGUUCUCUUUGAUAUGGUUGCAGGACCUAGAAAAUGGGAUGUGUUGACGAUGAAGAACAUUCAAGGCAACACUCUUCUCCAUGAGGUGGCCGUGAGCAAAAAUGUUGAGGCAGCAAAUUUCUUGGUUGAGAUUGCGCAUGAAGGAUGUUAAGAUGUGAACAUAAUUAUUGUAAAUAUUUUAUACUUUAGAAUAUUCUCUUUGUAUACUUUAUACCUUAGGAUAUUCUCUUUGUAAACACAUAUAUAUAGGUCAUUGUACACACAGUAUAAUUCCAGAAAGCAAUAAACCUUUCUUCAGAUA